AUGUAUGAUGGCAAUACCAGAACACCACAAGUCACGGGAAACAAACAGGAUAGCUGGGCGAAGAAAUAUCAAAUAAAAAUAAACAUACAAAUCGCAUUUGUACACGUUUUACCUGAUAGCGAUGGUGUGGUUGCGCGCGAGCUGUCUUCGCACGCGCUUCGUGCCGCAUCCGACACCAGAUACGACGAAAAUACGCCGAAUGGACCCCGAAGUGGACCCGAGUGCUACCGAAAUCGUCUGCCGAACUUUGCCCAAAAACAAACUUUCAAUUGC